GGUAAAUGGCCGGAAGUGGUGAUUGUAGUGUAAGUGAAUGAAGGGACUGUUUUACCCUUUUGGGGGGAAGGACCGAUGAAACAUUCGCUUGUCACUUCGAGUUCAACUGCCAUUUAUAUCUCCGUGGCUUCCCUUGGAGUUGGGGACUUAAAGCAGCAAGACCCUACCGGUAUUUCGGAAACUGGUAGCCGUUCUCUUUUCCACCUGGCAUAACACCGGCCGGUCUGUUCACACCUUCCCAACAAAAUGGACAGUUCACAUCAACCAUCGGUCGACGAAAAACGGGGUACGCGGACCGGGGGAAGUCCUGAAGACCGAGACGAGAUCGUUGCCGCAGUCGAGAAUGGAGUCGUCGUCAAUGCUUCCGGCUACCAAGACCAGCUCGAACGACAAUACAGCCUCCUGGGCUUGGCUGGGACUGCACUCACCGUUGACAAUGCCUGGAUAGCUCUCGGGUCGUCUAUUUCGGUGUCAAUUCUUAAUGGUGGCCCGUCCGGUCUUAUAUUUGGUCUUAUCGUUGCGGCUUUCUAUUACAGCUUCAUUGGGGCCGCACUGGCUGAGCUUGCGUCAGCUGUUCCAACUUCUGGUGGUGUUUACCACUGGGCAACCAUCGCCGGCGGUCCCAAAUAUGGCCGAAUCCUCGGCUUCUUCACCGGCUGGAUCAACUUCUACGGAUGGAUCUUCGGCCUAGCCGCCCUGAUGCAGAUCACGGCCAACAUCUGCAUCAGCAUGUACUCGGUCUACCACCAGACCACUUACACCUACGAGCCAUGGCAGGUCUACGUCACCUACCUGCUUGUCCUCUGGCUUUCCACGGCAGUUGUGAUCUUUGCCAACCGAGUGAUUCCGCACACCCAGAACAUCGGCUUGUUCUUCGUCAUCGUCGGCGGUAUCGUCACCAUCAUUGUCAUAUCGGCCAUGCCCAAGCGUCACGCCAGCAAUCAUUUUGUAUGGGGAUCCUUCACCGAGAAUAACCUCACGGGCUGGCCGGACGGUUUGGCGUUUCUGUUGGGAGUUUUGAACGGGGCGUAUACUGUGGGCACCCCAGAUGCUAUCACGCAUAUGGCUGAGGAGUUGCCACAUCCGAAGAAGGACUUGCCAAAGGCGAUUGGGCUGCAAAUCGGCUUGGGAUUUCUCUACGCAUUCUGCUUCGCCAUCGCCCUCUGCUACGCCAUCACCGAUCUCGAAGCCCUCCAAGGCGGCUUCAACACUUACCCGCUCGCCAACAUCUACGCUCAAGCGACCGCCCACGCCGACGGGACCCCGAACCACGGCGCCACCUUCGGUCUCUUGUUCAUCAUCUUGUUCUCCUCACUCCUCUGCUGCGUCGGCACGGUCCUGACCAACUCGCGCAUCUACUGGGCUUUGGCACGAGACAACGCCGUCCCUUUAUCUCCUCUCUUUUCCCGCGUCAACGAAAGUUUUAGCUGUCCUGUCCCUGCCACUCUUUUCGUCGCAACAAUAACAACAGCCCUAGGCGCCAUCCCCCUCGGCUCCCAUACCGCCUUCAUCAACCUAACCGGCUCCUUCCUCAUCCUAACCACCACCUCGUACGCCAUCCCAUUUGCCGCCAACAUUCUCACCCGGCGCCGGUAUCUCCCCUCCGCCCCCGGCUCAUUUAGUUUGGGCAAAUUUGGAAUGCCAAUCAACAUCCUAGCAGUACUGUUCAUCGUGCUGUUCAACAUCCUCUUUUGUUUCCCAUAUGUGUACCCGACCACGACGGAGUCGAUGAAUUAUAAUAGUGUGAUUUUGGCUGGGGUGGUGGCGCUCACGGCGGUGUGGUGGGUGGUGCAUGCUAGGAGAAUCUAUCCGGGGCCGAAGGUUAUGGGGCUAUAUAUCCAUGGUGAUAAUGCCACGGGAGAGAAAGUGCAAGUGAGUGAGGGGGUUGAGGUGCCUGUUGGGCGUGAAGGGAGAGGUAUGGAAAGGAUGGGUGGGGGAGAAGAGAAAGAAGGAGAAGGAGGGUGGUGAGAUGAUACUUCCGUAGAGUGGGAGAGAGUCAUUGAGGGCUGUCAUUUGGCGUUGGCUCUGGGAUUGACAAAUGGGACUGGUUAGUUUGAGAGGAAUAGCUUGGUUAGAUGAUGUAAUAUUCGAAGGACCAGCCUCAAUGCAUCAUGGCCUCAGACAUAUUGACGUCCGGGUAGAGGUAAACCAUAAGAGAGCUAUACCAAGUGCACUUCACAGGGGCAUCUCCCCCUUCCACGCCCUUC